UGUUCCUUUGUCCUUGCUCCAUCCUGUGGUUCCUGAGAGGACGUACGGGUCACACCAUAUUCAUAUUCUACCAAUCUACCCUUUCUCAAAAUUAUAUUCGCCAACUGGCUCCACACUACUACCCUACCCUCUUUGCUUAUAAGAAGACGCAUGGAAGGCCCUUGCCCAUAUCAUAACUUGACUUCAAGUCUUCAACCCUCUUCUCCCUUGACUCAACCAACAGCAGUAGCUAGCCUCCUUUUCCCUGAUUUCCCUGUACUCUAAAAACUCCACCUAAUUGUCUCUACCUUUCCUCCUCUUUUUACUGCAAUCCAUACUAUAUCAAUCUCUGUUACCCUAAGACACUACCAGUCAAUCACCUUUUCCAGGUUCUAGAUCUCCAUUCAAUUCUUCUCAAGGUAAUGGCUGGCUCAUCUUGGACACGGAAGCAGAACAAAUUGUUCGAGGAGGCACUGGCUAAAUUCGACAAGGACACCCCUGACCGGUGGCAGAAUGUUGCUAGGGCUGUGGGUGGGAAAUCUGCAGAGGAAGUGAAAAGGCAUUACGAGAUCCUUAUAGAGGAUCUCAAGAAGAUAGAGUCUGACCAAAUUCCCUACCCCAUUUACAAGUCUAGUGGAAGCAAUGGCAAAGGCUUCUGAAGUAUCUAAAGCUCCAGUGACAUUAAAGCAAGAAGGAAGGUUCAUAAACUAAAGUAGAUUGCACUUGUAGAUCUGUAAAAUAUAGAUGCAGACGCGUGUAUGAGGGAAUCACUCAGCUGUGGUUCUUCUUUUCUUCUUACUUAGUCCUACUUGUGGAAUUACUUCUUCCUGAUCUAAUUAAUGCAACUACCAUAGAGACCAAUAAAUCCUGGUUUGUAAUCGUUCCUGUUGUAAUUGAUUCUGGAAUUCGAAGUCGUACUUUGUAAUUCUGAAUCA